AUGGGUCUUUCUGUCGCUGCCACGCCGAAUUGGGCAGCAAGCCAUGCCGAUAAAAAGCCAAAUGCGGCGAAAGAGAUGGCCAGGUGUCCUGACGGCGUAGAACGCAUUCCGUCUUCCAAAACCAUCAUACCGAAUGGCGCAGUGCAUACUUCGGCGGUGACAUACUCAUCGAAUGGAGUUCCUUGCCGAGGCCCACAGCGCACAAGGAAAUCUGGACGAGGGCGCCCGAUCCAGGCCUUCAAGAUGUCUGUAGCCGUUCCCACGGUGCUGACAGCGAGGAAGACGCCAAGGACGGACACUGUCCACACGUGCCAUGCGUGGUCGGGACGGUUGCGGUGCUUGAUGAACGUCACCAAUGCCAUGACUAUAGGAGGUAUAAAUGCGGCUAAAACAAGACAUUCGGGUCCUGAAACACGCUCAACGAGAGCGAAUGGGUGCUGGAUGGUUGGAUCACUCAACUUGAACUGGCGAUGGAACGGUACGAUGUGCUCGGCAACACCAAGAAAAAAGACGGUUAUAAGAAUAGCUGCAAUCCAGUCUGGAAAAUGGCGGCGGAACCGCGGCAGACGAACAUACGCAGCGAGGGACAUUGGUAGGGACGAUUUGGAAUUUAACAAUCACAUAGGUAUACGAUGUCGCGUGCAAGGCGGAGAAGGGAUGUACUGGUGUUUCGGCCUCGGUUGCUAUUACCGUUAA